GCCCAGCCGCCCAGUCCGCGUCCGUCCCGUCCCCGUCCGUCAGUCUGUGGCUGCCUGCCGGCGAGCGAGUUCGAGAGUGCGACGCGCACGUAGCGUAGCCGCCGCCAGCGUGCUGCGCCUUGUUGAUUCGGCGCGCGACUACGAGUUGGUGUGAUUCCGAGCGAGUCUUUCUUCGUGUCGCCGCAGUGUCGCGAUGGAGUCCGGAGGGGACAAGAACAAGGAGUUUCUGCGAUGGAUCCGGGCCCUGCCGUCGGACCGCCGCAAGGACGAGCUGCAGCGGAUUGUGUCUGGAGGUGUCUUGAACGGCACUUCUGCUAAGUCAGCGCUUUUUAAGCUGCAAAGGAGAUGUUUCGUCAAACUGCGCCGCCUGGACAUUGUGCGCGGAAUGAUGGCUGGUGCAACGGCGUGUUCCAGUGCCGCACCCAUUGCUCCAGCGGUUGCUGCUCCCACCCCAGACCUGCCACCCAGCCCAUCACCUCUUCCUUGCCCGUCUGCCUCGCCUUCUCCGUCAUCGCCUCCCCUCAAGCCCAAACGUCUUCCGGGCGCGUCUAGACCGUGUCCAUUGUCGCGCAAGCGACCAUCCGAUACAGUCAGAGAAGAAGACAGCAAGAGAUCAAGAGGUUGCUCUGAGGCGCCAUCGGCCGAUUGUCCGAAAAUUGACCUUCAGUCUUACCCACAACCGGCGGAGCCUUCGUUGCCUUGUGCUGUCUCAGAUCAGCCCAAGGUGCCUUUGUACCUCCCUCAGCCCAAGGAAGCGCGUUCUUCAGAUCUUCCACAGACCAAAGAAUCUCAGUCCUCAGGUCAUAGCAUCACCAAAGAAGCUCUGUCUCUAGGCCUGGAGAAGUCAAAUGAAGCUCAAUCUGCAGGUCUCUACCCUCCGGAUCGCAAGUCUUCACAUGUUUCUCAGUCCGAGAAUCCACAGAAAUUGCGCAACUCUCAGAGCAAUCCACCAAAGCCAGCACCACCACAUGCGGAGCCUUCGAAGCAACUGCCUACGAAGCAUUUGGCAACGCCGCAGUCACAGCUGCCUCACCAACGGGUCUCUUUGAGUUCUCGAGUUAUAGAAGUAGCUCUUAACGAUGUUGCCAAAAGUAUCCACGACGUAGAAACGGAGCUGUUCAAUAUUGACCAGAAGUUAAUUUCGUUUGAGAAGUUGCCUCCGUCUCACAAAACGAGCCGCACGAUUUCCGCAUUAAGUGAAACCUCCUCUUUGAUCUUCAUAAAGGCUGGGGUGAUCAAGUCCUGUGUAGAGCGUGGCAUUGUUGAUAGCUUAAGUUCAUCCUUUUUCCCGAAGCUUCUCAGUGAAGUUAACAAAAUUCCACAGCUUAAGCUUUACUCACGUUUAAGACUUAUGGCUAUGGUAAACUUAUUGUUGAACUUGGCCAAUCCGAACAAUGACCCGAACUACACGAUCCGCGCGUUCAUGGCCCAAAACUUGGUUGAAUUGCGCCCCGCAGAAAACAAUAUGGCAAGCAAGCCGUCAAAGCAGCCAGCUCCAUCAGUGCCAGCUGCAACAAGUCGACCCCAGGUGACGUCGAUUCAAGUGUCUUCAAUGUCCCAAGCAACUAACUUACCUCCAUGCAUAGAGGCUGUUAGUUACCCAGGUCGGAACGUUGAAGUGACGCCGCAGCAGCCACAGCAUGUGAUGCAGCAAGCAGCAGCACCGCAUCCAACCACACUCAUGCAGCAGCAAGAGCAACAGCGGCAGUAUCAGUUCUACCGGGAAGAGCAGCGGAAGCGGCAACAGGAAGAGCAAUUUCUUAAGCGGCAACAGGAAGAGCAGUGGAAGCGGCGUCGGGAAGAGCAACGGCUUAAGCUGGAACGGGAAGAGCAACGGCUUAAGCUGGAACUGGAAGAGCAACGGCUGAAGCGGGAACUGGAAGAGCAACAGCAUAAGCAGCAGCAGGAUAUGCAACGGCUUAAGCGGCAACAGGAAGAGCUGCUGGCUCAGCGGCAGCAGGCAUACCAACAGCAGCAAUACAUACAGCAACAGCAGCUUCACCAACAACAGCAGCAGAAUCAGCUUUACCAACAGCAGCGACACCACCAGCAAUACCUGCAGCAGCUACAACAACAGAAACAGCAACAUCAGCUGCAGCAGCAACCGAAGCAACAUCAGCUACAGCAACACUCGCAGCAACAUCAGCUACAGCAACACUCGCAGCAACAUCAGCUACAGCAACACUCGCAGCAACAUCAGCUACAGCAACAAUCGCAGCAAUAUAUCAGAACUUAUGGCCCGGCUGUACGCCAUCUGUCAGUAGUGCAGCAGCAAACUACCUUGCUGGGAAACCCCGCGCAGCAGCAAUCCACAAAGCAUCCCACUCAAAACAACAGCGGGUCAGCAGCGCAGAUGCAGCAAUCCGCUCAACAUAGCAAUGCCGCUAAUCCCAUGCAGGGAGUGCCGAAUCAGGUGUACCAAUAUCAAGCCGCGAGUAGUGACCCUCUUCCUGCAAUGAGUACGCCUGGUUUUAAUCUGAAGACGCUGCUGCUGAGUUCAUCUGCAACGCAAGUUUAUUAUUCGCCUGCUCAACCUACCCUCCAGAGUGUGCCUGGGUCGGCACUUGCGUACGACACGCCCAACCAUCAGCUGCCCCGAGAGCAACAGGGAUUUCCAAGGGACAACAGAGGCGAGACGACACCACAGGUGUUCAUGGCGGGGCAGGAGUAUGCGCAGGGCGGCAUUGAAUAUGUUAACCAAGUUUCCCCUGUAGCACGGACGUUAUCCAGGGAUAGCGGAAUUGCAACUCCUGAGCCAGCAGCAACACAGUGUGAUGACACAUACCUACGGAGUGCCGCGUCGGCUGCCGCGUGGAAGCCUAAUUAUUGAUUAUUGUUAAAUGAUUAUUGUACCUUUAUUUUUCAGUACUUUUUAUGUACAGUUAAUUAUUUAGAGUCUGUUCUCCGGCUAUGUGCCAUGUACAUUAGACUGAUACUUAUAAGAAAUUUAUGUGUAUUCUUCUUUAAAAUACUUAUGAGAGAUUUAUGUGUAUUCUCCUUUAGAAUACUUAUUACAAAUUAAUGUGUGAAAUACUUUGCUACAAAUUUAUGUGUGUUCUUUAAAAACAAAAUCAAAACUUGUAUUUAAAGAAAUUUGAUAUUUUUCUUAAAACGAGCGUUGAUAUUCCCUGUAUCGCUUUAUUUGUCAAAGCUAUCAAAAAAGUUGUCGUUGUUUUACAUCUUUUAACAGAGUAGUUAUAUAAACACCAAUGUUUAUGUAUUUAUGUAACUUUAUAAGACCAACUGUAGGUUCGAUGCUAAAAAUGUCAAGAUGAAUUUCCAAGUCAACUUUGGUCUUUCUUUCUUGUCAACGGGUAUGAUCUGCUCAGACAAUUUCUGUCACUGACCGAGCACGUAUGUCGUUCACAUUUUGCAGUUGGAUUUUUAGUCAUGAGUAUAUUAAUACAACAACCAUGAAAUUAAUUGUUGCAUCAAUUUCUUAUCGCGUUGAGAUACGUUACCGGCCACUGACCCUACCCAAAAUUGUCUUUUCAGAUUUUUUUACUGUUCCUGCAAAGCACUUAAGUAGUUUGUGUUUUCCAAUAGCAAUUCAAACCACACUGUUGAUUGCAUUUUUUUUCUUUUGAAACCUUGAUUUGUUUAUUUGCACAGCUGCAUUUGUCUAAAGUUGUAUUGCUUGAACAAUUUAAGGACAAAAGUGUCGUUUUUUUUCAUGAAGCGAGUUGUUUAUCUCAUUUUACGUAUGAUCUCAUUUUAAGUUUAUAAAUUGUGUAUCAAAA